UUAGGCGAGAUCAGAAAUGGAAUAUAUCGUUCCCUCUUUCAUCCUGAGCAGCUCAUUAGUGGCAAGGAAGAUGCUGCAAAUAAUUAUGCUCGAGGUCACUAUACUGUUGGAAAGGAGUUGAUUGAUUCAGUUUUGGACAAACUACUCUAUGAUAUCUGCAACCGAAAUCUGAACAUUGACCGUCCUUCAUACACCAACCUAAAUCGACUGAUAGGACAAAUUGUUUCUUCGAUUACAGCCUCUUUGAGGUUUGAUGGAGCAUUGAAUGUGGACUUGACAGAGUUCCAGACUAACUUGGUGCCUUAUCCUCGCAUUCAUUUCCCACUGGUCACCUAUUCACCCAUAAUAUCAGCAGAGAAGGCUUACCAUGAGCAAUUGUCUGUCCCAGAGAUCACAAAUGCUUGUUUUGAAUUUUCAAAUCAGAUGGUGAAGUCUAUACAGUUUGUAGACUGGUGUCCUACUGGAUUUAAAGUGGGAAUAAACUACCAGCCUCCUACUGUAGUUCCAGGAGGGGACCUCGCCAAACUAGAUCACAAAUUUGAUCUCAUGUAUUCUAAGAGAGCAUUUGUACACUGGUAUGUGGGAGAGGGCAUGGAGGAAGGGGAGUUCUCUGAAGCAAGGGAGGAUAUGGCAGCUCUAGAAAAAGAUUACGAAGAAGUGUGGGAACAGACUCUGUUAAAGAAGAGGAAGAAGAUGAAGAAUACUAACACUAUACCAGAGUCCAAAAAUGGCUUUAUAAAAGAACUGAUUUGGGGUAUAAGAACAUCUGCUGCGAUUAGUGUAUAA